UAUUCAAAGAGUAGUGGAGUCUUCAUAGUAGAAGAUCUCACAGUGAAGACUAGACUGGAUCGGAAAACUUCCUAUCAGCACAGCACAGCCUACUUCCUUUGGAGUGUCUUUGCGCUUCAUGCUUUGCAUAUAAACUCUUCAUUUUACCUGCUUUACAGGAAAAUGGCAUUUCAGUUCAACUUCUCUAUUGACAGUGCAGCAGAAAACGGAAUAGAGGCAGUUGGGAAUGGAAUGGAGGAAUUGGUACAGGAGUCUUUAGUCAUUUUGGACAAGCAAGAGAACACUACAGGAAAGAGUAAGGAGGUUUCCUCAGAAGAAACAAUAUUAAACCAGGAGGAUUUAUCAGAAAUCCCUGCUAAUGUGGCAGGCAACAGCUUUUUGAGUAAAAGCAACAUUAUGCCUAAAGAAGGCUUGUGCCUUAAAUGUGCCAAGGAACAUAAUCUCCCUGAAGAUUUCCAGAAAUUGUUUAAAAACAAAGUUGUGGGGACCCUCCUUCCAGGUACACGCUAUGCAAAUAUUUCUGUGGUGGAGACAGCACCCUCUGAAAACGCUGUUGGGGAAGACAUUGUGUCACAAAGUGUUUCUUCUCAUUCUGACCUAAUCACAGGUGUCUAUGAAGGAGGUCUGAAGAUCUGGGAGUGUACCUUUGAUCUCAUGGAUUAUUUGUCAGAAGCUGAAAUUCAGUUUGCACACAAGUUGGUUUUGGACCUUGGCUGUGGGGCCGGGUUGCUGGGAAUAGUUGCAUUAAAAAGAAAUGCCGAACAGGUCCAUUUUCAGGACUAUAACAGCACUGUGAUUGAAGAACUAACCAUGCCUAAUGUAUUGGUCAACUGUGCUAAUCAGGGUGAUGAUGUUGAAGGAAAUACUGAGCUUUCUCUAAAACAAUGUCCAAAGAAGGACUUUACCCAAGACUUGUUUUCUAAAUGCAAAUUCUUUUCAGGGGAAUGGUCAGAGUUUAGUAAUCUUCUAUUAAAUGGCAGUAAGCCUUUAGCAAAAUAUGAUCUCAUACUCACCUCUGAGACUAUUUAUAAUCCAGACUACUAUGAGGCUUUGCAUGAAACACUUUUAAAAUUACUGAGAAUUAAUGGGUGUGUUUAUUUAGCUAGCAAAGCACAUUACUUUGGAUGUGGAGGUGGGGUCCACCUUUUUACAACAUUUAUUGAGAAGAAAAAUGUGUUUAAGUCUAGAAUUGUUAAAGUUAUUGACAAAGGCCUAAAGCGUUUCAUUAUUGAGCUGGUUUUUAAGAAAUCCUGUUAACGUGAUCAAUGUGUUAGUAAAUACUUUAUUGUUGUUUUGCUUUCAUGCAGCUCUUAGAGUAAAUUGCUAACACAUUUUUCUUGA